AAAAUGUAGAUUUGUCUCCUUUUCUGUUAAACGGAUUUUAUAUUUUCUUCUGUAAUAGAGACGGUGGAGAUGUUUGAACAGGUUAAACCAGCCUGAGUAUUCAGUGUCAGGGUCAUAUUUGCAGUCAGUCAUAUCAACAGAGUCUGAGCUCACACGUCUACUGCAGAUUUGCACAUUAGUGAGGGGUUGUAAAGGAAAAUAUCUAGAUUUAAAAUAAUGUGUAAUGCAAUAGCGCAAUGGGACACAUGCAGACAGACGAGCUUAUUCCUGAGCUUCUUCAUUCUGAUCAGCUGUGCACAACUGUCUGGUCCAGGGUUCAUCACUAAUGUACACAACCAAAUAUUGAUCUGGAACCACGAGGCAGAAACAUUCACCGGAACAGGGAUGAUUGCGUAAAAAGUUUAUGCGAGUUUAUGAAAUGUUACAGGAGUAUUUACCACUGUUAAAGGUGGGGGGUUGACUGUCAGAAGAGCAGCGGGCAUUCCUGAGCUCCUCAACCCCAAGGCUAGAAGAAAACCUGUUCUUUGAUAUGGUGACCCGUGUGUGUUGUUGUGUUGCAGCCAUGGAUGGUGUGUUGGAAGGAGCAGCGGUGUUGUGUGCAUGUAAACUGGCCUGCAGUCUUCUGUUCCUGCCCUCUCUGGCUGCCUCCUACAGUCCCGUCAGCUUCUGCUGCUGCUGCCUCCUGAUCUUCACUGACUUCUUGGUCACAGUUUUUCUGACUUUCCUUUGCCUCUUUGAGUCCUGGCUGACUGAACUGACCACACUGGGGGAUGUCAUCGCCCUGCGCUUCCUGCUCUUUCUCAGCCACACCUACGGAGCCGUGCUGCUCCUGACCACACCGCUGAUUGCUGUGGAGACUCUGGUCAGACUGCUGUUGCCUCAGAGGACGGUGAGUCAGACGGUGGGCUCUGACGGGCAGCGCUGUGAUGCUGGAAAGGUAAACGUGGAGGAAGAGGACAGCUCAGAUGAAGACAGAAGGCUGUCUCAUGUUGUCGGCUACCUCUGCUGCCUGUCAGUGUGGGUCACCGUCGCCUUCAAUGUCAGGUGGCGAUGGAAGCUGGAGGAAGCGUGGGCUGUAGCCUGUGUGCACGCAACCGACUCCCUUGUCAGCUGUCUGCCCAACCUGUUCAGCCCCAUGCCCUUAUCUGUGAGCCCCUGCUGGGUCGCGGCCUUCCUCUUCCUCCUCCUCAUCCUCCUGAGCAGCAGCAGCACAGGCCUGCAUAGAGGACAUCAGGCGGAGAGGACACACAAAGAGAAGCAUGGAGUUGACAAUAAAGAUGACUGCAACCUCAUUCCAGCGUCAUCUGCACCCUUCAAGCCUGUGAAUCCUGGGACGUCGCUGUCACAGCCGGCACAGCGUGUUGACCCAGAGAAAACAGAGAGCAGCUGCACCGUUCACAGAGCGUAUUCCUGGAACAGCGUGCAGAUGUCGGCGCGUCACCAUGGAGACUUUGUCCUCAUCUCCCCCGGGUGUUUGUCUGGAGGACAGGAGCAGGGGAGGACAAAGAGAGGUGCAUCCAUGACAUUUAUCACAGAGGAACAUGUGGACUCGCAACACGGGAGCCGGUGUGGGUGGCGGCGGUGGGGUUUUCCCUGCCUGGGGGUGAAUGUAAUGAUAGGGUUCGUGAGUGUGCUCUCCAUUUUUGUGCUGCCUCUCAACCUCAGCGUGAAUAUUCUUCUGAUCAGGACUACAGAGGCUCUGCUGGAGCUGUUCAUCAAGUCUUUGGUUUCAUCUGCAGCGAGCACAAGAGACACAUCAGCCUCUCACAAUGAAACACUUGUUUGAAAAGAGAUAAAGGUGGAGGCUGCUUGGUGGUGUUUUGCAACGGGGAUCAUCAGAUUAAUGUUACAUGUGUGCAGACAGCGGGUCUACCUGCCAACACUGGUUUGAAUGGAGCGUAAAUACACACUUCUGAGCAGCUUCACAUGUGAGGAAUAAUAUGUGCAAACCGCUGAAAGGUGCUGAGGAGGCAGGUUGAGGCGUGCUUGGUGGAGAGAUGCUAAACCUGACUGCAACAGAUGGCUGCAGGGCUUUCCUUUGCUGUGCAGAGCAUUAGGAUCUGCAGCUAUUUGUCACUACACACAAUGGGCUGCAAAACAAGCCUCUCCAGUUGAAAUAAGACAAAUCCAAAGACAAACACUGUUUCAAAAGUUGAAAUAUGAAAUCUGCUGACAUUGCAUCACUUAAAGCCGGCAUGAAAGCUGUGCAUGAAUAAAUACUGGAGUGACUUGA